AUGGCGUUGCCAACCGCGGUGGUAGCCGGCAUUGCCGCCGCCGUCGCCACGCUGCUGCUGGCCGCCGCAGCCGUGGCCGCCGCCUGGUGGUGGCGCCGGGCGCGUCGUAGCCGGACCUCCGACACCGGCUCGUCGGAGACGACUCCUCCUGCGCUAGUGGAGUGGGGCAGGUGCGGCCGGACCUUGUCGGCGCCGGAGUACCAGGGGGCGAGGCAAUUCUCGCUCGAGGAGCUCGCGCACGCCACCAAGAACUUCGGCGAGGCCAACCUCGUCGGCGCCGGCAGCUUCGGGCCGGUGUACAAGGGCCUGCUGCUCGACGGCACGGUCGUCGCCGUCAAGCGCCGCGUCGCCUCGCCGCGGCAGGACUUCGUCGACGAGGUCAAGAGGCUAUCAGAGAUCUGGCACAGAAACGUUGUCACUCUCAUCGGCUACUGUCAAGAAGGAGGUCUACAAAUGCUAGUGUUCGAGUACCUGCCCAAUGGCAGUGUCUGUGGCCAUCUGUACGAUACCGGCAAAGAGUCGAUGACGAGACUAGAGUUCAAGCAGAGGCUUUCGAUAGCAAUUGGAGCAGCUAAAGGUCUGAAUCAUCUGCACAGCCUUGUGCCUCCUUUGAUCCACAAGGGCUUCAAGACGAGCAAUGUUUUGGUCGAUGAGAACUUCAUCGCGAAGGUGGCCGACGCCGGAAUCGACAGGCUUCUCAGAGGCUUCGACGGCGGCGGCGCUCCGUCGUCUUGUAGCAGCAGCAUCUACCAAGACCCAGAGGUACAUUCCUUGUCGCAGCUUUCUGAAAGCAGCGACGUGUACAGCUUUGCAGUUUUUCUUUUGGAGCUUAUCACCGGCAAAGAAGCAGCAAGCCUGAUUUCUUCAGAACAAAGAGAACCUCUGGCUCAUUGGAUGGAGGCACAUUUCAGUUCGAACGAGCUGACGGAUCCAAGGCUGGGAGGCAGCUUCACGUCGGAGGGGAUGAAGGAGCUGGUCGGCCUGACGUCGCAGUGCCUGAGCACGUCGGCGAGACGGCGGCCGAGGAUGCGGCUGAUCGCGGCGGAGCUCGACCGGAUCCUGGAGAAGGAGAUGACCCUCACCACCGUCAUGGGCGACGGCACCGCCAUUGUCACGCUCGGGAGCCAGCUCUUCACGUCGUGAUCGAUCGAUCGAGGAUGAAUGCAAUUCAUGGAGAUGAAGCCAACGAGAGGUUCGCAUUUGAUCUACAUGCAUGCCUGAUAUUUGUAGCCAUGCAUGGCAAGAACAUGAACGACGUGUGCAAGUAAAAGUAAACUCUUGUGUUUGGAUGUGCAAUUUGCUCUGAGCACAAAGAUGUGAAGAUUAAUGUGCGGUUCCUUUCAUCAACAUACAUCCACAAAAUGCAAU